AUGGGUGGAGCGUGUCAAAGUUGCAAAUUCAUCACAGGCAACUCUACCAGCGAGUUCAAGGGCUGGAACAGGAGACUCAGCACGACAGUCAUAUCACAGUGGCUGAGACGUGACAGCUGCUUGCAGGUGAUUCUGUUGAGCCAGGGUCAGCACUGGCUGAGAUGUCGCAACCGAGAGCGUGCAGACCUGCUGUCGCAGCGAGAAGAGGCCGUGAGCGACCGGUCCUGCAUCGCAUGCCUGGACCGUCUGGCCAACACCGUGCUUCUUCGCUGCCGGCAUCUCUGCGUGUGUGAUGGAUGUGCGCGGAAGCUGACCCACUGCCCUGUCUGCAGACAGACAGUCCGUGAUCGACUCACCGUGUACAUGCCUUGA